AGCGUUUGGAUUUCGAUUUGCCAUUAGAAGAAGAAGGUGGCCAAAAUUGGAUAUAAUUGGACAGUGUGUGUGUGUGGGAGCAAGGAUAACGUUAUGCUAAAGAUUUUUCUGCUAAGCACUGUGCUUGGCAUUGCCUAUGCGGGCGUAAUUGGUCCUGGGCCAUAUUAUGGACCAGCUUUGCAUGGCUAUGCGGGCUAUGCACCGCAUCCAGGACCACUGCCAGCCUAUGUGGCACCCGCACCAAAGGCACCAGCACCCGAACCCUACGAUCCUGAUCCAAAGUAUUCCUUUGGCUAUGACAUACAGGAUGGGUAUACAGGUGAUUUAAAGAGUCAACAUGAGACGCGUCAUGGUGAUGUGGUUAAAGGCAGUUACUCAGUGGUGGAUCCGGAUGGCACUAAGCGCACAGUGGACUAUACAGCCGAUCCGCAUCAUGGUUUUAAUGCUGUGGUAAGGAAGGAACCAUUGGCUUAUAAGCCAGCCCCGGCUCCGGCGCAUCUCCAUUUGCCAGGACCGGCACCAGCCCCACCUCUACCAGCUGUACCCAAAGCUCCUUUACUCUCCUAUCCAUUGGCAUUGACUGCUCUACAUCGUGCUGCUCCAGCCCCGGCCCCGGCCCCGAUACCUGUGCCUGUGGCUCCAGUAACCGCGCCCGCAGCUCCUCAUCACCUGCCCACUGCUCAUUUCCAUGCGGCUUAUCCUGCUCUUGCCCACAGUCCAUUUGCCCAGUAUCCAGGUCCGGCUCCUGCCCCAGCUCCAGCUCCCCUUCCCGUUGAUCCCCAUGCCUACUAUCAUCACUGAGUGAACUUCCCCUUUCCGGCGAUUUUCUGCUAUAUUCUCAACUACGUGAUCUGUUUCCCUUCUUGUCUCGAGUUCUUCUCUCACAUUUGCAUUUCAAUCUCCAUUGUUGUUUUCAUCAUUGGAUGUUAGAUAGAUGGA